AGCUAAAAUAAGAGCCAAUUAUUGGUUCAAAAUGCUACCAAUGUUAUAGCCAAUGCUUGCAUGGGUAAGAUCGUUGUUGCAAAGGAAUUCAUUUUCAAAUACGUUUGCAGUGUAUCAAAUAUAAAUCCACAACUGUAGCACCAAGAUGCUUAUAAAAGGCAUCCCACAUCAUUGGAUCGGAGCUCACUACACGCUAUACUCUAAACUCUUGAGUCUUUGUAUCGAUCUAAGGUAUUUUUCCAAAUGUUGUUUGAUUCAUUCCCACAUGAUAACAAAUGGUAUUUUGCCCAACGUACAUCUGCACACAAAGCUGAUCAUAUGUUAUUCAAAGUUUGGUGAAAUGGGAACCGCUCAGAAGGUGUUUGAUGGUAUGGGCCAAAAGAAUUUGGUUUCUUGGACUGCGUUAUUGUCAGGGUAUUCUCGAAAUUUGGAUUCAGGAGAAGCUAUGAGAGUGUUUAGUUCAAUGCACUGUGAGGGCUUAAAGGGGAAUCAAUUUACAUAUGGAAGUGUUCUGAGGGCCUGCACCAAUUUGUUGGGUUUGAAUCAAGGUAAACAAGUACAAGGGCGUGUCCAGAAGAGCAGAUUCGCUGAAAAUUUAUUUGUGCAGAGUGCAUUGCUUGAUUUCCACUCCAAAUGUGGGGAAAUAAAUGACGCUCGUCUUGUGUUUGAUUCAAUGUUGCAGAGAGAUUUGGCUUCAUGGAAUACAAUGAUUGGUGGAUAUUCUUUUCAGGGAUUCUACAAUCAUGCAAUUUUUAUGUUCCGCUCGAUGCUAAGAGAAGGUAUGCAUCCUGAUUGCUUCACGUUUGGAAGUAUUCUGAGAAAUUCAUUUGGAGGUUAUAGAGUCGAUGGACUUAUGAUUGUUAGCAGUAUACAUGGUAUCAUUGUUCAAUUGGGGUAUGAGUUGGAUAACGUGCCAAUUGGAUCUCUGGUUGACGCCUAUGUGAAGUAUGGGAAUUUAGCUGGUGCAAAUCGUCUUUAUAGAAGUAUGAAGAAGACAGAUAUCAUAUCAUGCACUACAUUAAUUAUGGGAUAUGCUCGUCAAUGUAAAGGCAUUGAUGAAUGCAUGAAUCUCUUUUUAGAGUUGCACCGAUUGCACGUGGGAAUUGAUAGUGUAAUAUUGUGCUCAAUGCUUAGUUUGUGCGCUAAAUCAGCAUUAUUGUGUCUAGGAAGGCAGAUGCAUACUCUUGCAUUGAAAUAUCAAAAUAAACAUGAUGUAGCCUUGGGAAACUCUUUGAUUGACAUGUACUCAAAAGCAGGUGAGAUUGAGGCUGCUAAGAGAAUUUUUCAUCACAUGGAAGAGAAGAAUGUAAUCUCAUGGACAUCAAUGAUAUCUGGAUAUGGUGUGCACGGCCAUACUGAGAACGCAAUUUCUCUUUACAAGAAGAUGGAAUUGCAGGGAAUUCAUCCAAAUCAUAUUACGUUCUUGUCCCUUUUCUCUGCUUGUAGGCAUACUGGCUUGACUUCUCAAGGCUGGGAGUUCUUCCUCAAUAUGGUUGGCAAAUAUAAGAUUUGCCCACUGUCGAAGCAUUAUGCUUGCAUGGUAGACCUUUUGGCACGUGAGGGUUGUUUGGAAGAAGCCCAUAGUUUGAUAUGUAGGGAGAAUAUUAAUCCGAGUGCUUCUCUUUGGGGAUCACUUCUUGGGGCGUGUAGUAUGCAUGAACAUAUGCAUCUUGGAGAGUUAGCAGCAAAGAAUUUAUUUAGUAUGAACCCCCAAGAGUCUGCCAACUAUGUUGUCUUAGCUAAUAUAUACGCAUCAACAGGUUUAUGGCAAAAGGCUGCCGAUACACGGGGAUUGAUUGUUAAUAGGAGGUUACUGAAGAAUCCUGGUCAUAGUUUUGUCCUGUCAAACAGCAAGAAUUUAUUACUUCUUCCCGCUGGUUGGUAGAAAGGUCUGUGAGGAAUUCAAUGUAUUUGAUUUCAGAUGUGUUAUUUUUAUGCAUUUAUUCAUUGUGCUUAAUGAUCGAGCAUUUGAGCUGCCCUUAGCAGUUAGCUCAUAUAUACAUACAUAUGCAAUUUUGAACUUUCGUGCAGAAAAAGAAAGGAUUAAAGGAUAGAGAUAAGGAGCUCAUUGACUUGUUUAUUGUUGUUGUUAGUCAACCUAAAGUUCCAUCUCGUUAAUUAUCUCUUUGUGUGUACAAAUGCUAUUAUUUUUUCAGGGGAAAUUGGAGUUUGCACCCCACUUUAUUGGGUAAAUUUGACUUUGCAUCAUGUUUCGUAAAACCUUAAUAUUUGCACCCCUCUCUGUCAUAUACUCUGUUUAACAAAGAAACUCCCUCUGUCCGCCCUAAUUAAAAAUUGUAGAUAGACUAUAAUGCCCAUACCUAAUAGAUCAGCGACCUUUCUGAAUUCUGGCCAUUGUUCAUUCUUUCCCAAUUCUCACGUAAGUUGAAAUAGGGUUUCAACAAUUGAAGAUGAUAUAUGAACUCAAAGCUUUGUUGGGAAGAUAGAUAUGCAAAUAUGAACUAUUCUAAUCAAGAUGGUGGGCGAGUGGUCGAUUUCUUCACUUCAGGAGAAUGCAAAGAGUUUGUCUUGGAUUCAGAAGCACUCACACCAACCCCAAUAGAAAUGACGAAGAGGACGUCUAAGAAAUUGCCGGUGAAGAGAAAGAUGAUCCCUUUACCAGAUGCGACUAUGCGAGUAACUAAGUAAGAUUAACUAAAUUGCCAAAAAAAAGAUUAACUAAAUUGCCUCUUACUGUAUCUAUUUUUCUUCUUCCUUGCCAACAAUUUAACAAGCAGUAAUUCACUAUGAUGAAAAUGCACGAACUCAUGUAAGAAAACGAAGUAAUAAUACAUAGAAGCAACAUAUGCUCGGACUAGGAUGGUCCUUGGUUGUCCUUCCUAGAAACUAAAUGCGGCCUAACAGAAUGCCGGGUGGUGGACAUGUGCUCAUCUAUUUGGUUUUUCUGUCUGUUAGGCUGAGCAGUGCUAUGGGAAUCCUUACGGUGUCUGGUCUUCAAUAACUGGUUAUAGGCUUAUAGCUAUAACAUGUAAUGUAUGAAGAAAUAUUGCAAUAUCUACUAGUUGUUCUUCGAAUUGCCUUGAUGUAUGCAUUUUAUCUCAAUGAGAUCAGGUACAAUCUCUAAGUGAUUUUUUUUGCUGGAGAAAUGUGUAUUGUCUAUAAAUAUUGUUCUAUCUGUGAUGUAAUUAUACUCCUCUCUGUAAGAAUAAAUACAUGUUUAAUGCAAAAAAAAAAUACAUAGAAGAAAAAAGUUUGGAAGUGUAAUAUGUAAAGUAUAGUGCCCUGAUAGAAGCUUCUUUAUUAAGCCCAAGUAGUUUAUGCAGUUGUUUUGUGACAUACCGACAUCUUAAGCCAAAAUUAUAGUGCACACAUUUGUUGACUUAUACAUUGCUUUAAUAAAUAUGCAUUUAUUAGUCUAGUUUAUAUGGUAAAUGUUAAGCUUCUUUUUUUAUAAUGUUUUCUUUUGUCCUUUGCAAUCACUAGGGAUCCAUUUCAAGACAACCCCACUACUGAAGGACUCAAUAAUGAUGCCUUGGGUGAUAUAUACGGUGAAGUGCCUCCACUGAAUCAUAUUGCAAAUGCAGAAACAACUGAGGAUGCAUUCCACUAUUAUCAAGGCAUAUUGUAAUGUGGCAAUGCUAUAAUUUAUAUUGGGUAUUUAGAUUUGUUUCUAAUAAAAUAGUUUUAUUUAAGAAGUUCUAAAUGUGUUUUAAAUACAGUUGUUAUAUGGGAUUAUAGGUACCCAAUUUAAUGAGAUUUCUGAUGGAUUGGAUGGGUAUAGUCUGAAUGACUCAGAUAGUGAAUCAAAUGAUGGGAGUUGCACACCAUAUGACCAAUCAAACAGUGAAGUUGAGAGUGACUAUAUAGAAGAACAAGAUGAAGCUGGCAUGGAAAAUGAAGUUGUUUUCCCACCUAUACUUUCAAGGGCUCCUGGAAGACCUAAACACAACCGAAUGAAGGGGCACGAUGAGAAUGAAAAACAGUCCAAGAAUAUAAAACAGUCAAGCUCUACAGUUUUUUCUCUACAUUUAUCCUCAUUUUAUAGCUAUAUGCGCAUGAAUAGUUAUUACUCCCUCCGUCCCAAAAUCGUUGGCCAAUGUUGACUUGCACGUGGAUUAAUAAAGUAAAAACUAUGUGGUUGAAAUUUGUGCAGAGGAGAGAGAAUUAACUUUAACCACAUAUUGCUUACGUUAAAUAAAAAUGGCAAAAUUUUUUGGGACGGCCAAAAAAGGAAAUUUGGCCAACGAUUUUGGGACGGAGGGAGUAAUUAUUAGCCGAAGCUAUUCAUAUCAGCCGCCAUCUGCUCUGAAAUGAUGUUGGAGCAUAUGAGAAGUAUGACAGGAAGAAGAGUCUGCUGUUGCGGAAUGAAAGUUGAUUUAUUGGGUUGUGUUUUGUACCUUUGCUCCCCCCCCCCCCACUAAUUUGUUUUACUUCCGAAAAACAAUUAAUGUCACCCCCAUGCCAUUGACACCCACAGUAUGACAUGAACCAACUUUAUGGCUACCCAAGGGUGUACAAAGCAGAAUCCUCCAAGGAGAUUUCUUACAGCUUGCAAUUUAAGAGCCUAUUUGCGGAGGCUAGAUUUGGUGUAAUUGACAGAGUUUGCUGAUACUGAGCUGAGUUAGUUAACUUGUUGAAUUAUAUGUAUAUAUUUAAAAGAAGGUAAUGUCUAAAAUGAGUGUAUAAAUCUCAUUUAGUUUGUUCCACUUUCAUCUUGCUCGUCCAUAACUUUUGCACCUUUUUGAUAUAUUAACC